AUGCAACGACUAUCUUGGUCAAAUACGGUUCAAUUAACAUUAAGUAUUCAACAUUUCAGCGAAUUAAGGCUUUUAUUCGAACACAAUGCUCUACCUGCAAUUGAAUAUUUGAAUAUUACUAUUGAGAAUCUGGAUACUAAUUUAUCUUCCAAUGUAAAUAUAUCAGUACCAAAAGUUCAACUUUCCAAAGAUUCUCUACGAGAAACGGCUACUGGUGGUACUCCUCUGAAACACUUACUCUUACGUUAUAUAACUCUGAAUGAUGUUAUCAUAUUGAUUGGUUCGAUAACCAUGCCUUUACUUGAAGAAUUGAUACUUAUUGAUAUGUAUGAUGAUACUUUAGAUCGUCUUGGUCAAUUUCAAGAACUUUGUAGUUCUACACAUUUACCUGCUUUGAAAACUCUUCAUUUCUCAUUAUGUUUCCCUCAAGAAAUCGAACACGCAUGGAAAAUGAGUUCAUUCAAUUGCAAUGAUCAAUGGCCUUUUGAUAAUAUUAAUUGUUACAUGGAUGAGUGUUAUAUGCUUGCAAGUGGUCAUGUUAAUGAACUUCAUUUAACAUAUUUAAAUGAACGAACAAAUACAUCAAUGAUGUCAAAUCAUCAAUUUGAUCAAUUGGUACACUUAGUAUUAAACAAAAAUUGUCGUUAUCGAUCUAAAGACGAAAAGAAGAUCAUGUUCAGAGACAAAUUAAUUGCAGCUACUCAUGAUCAAAUAUUUCAUGGUAAUAACAUUCAUUUUCAAUUUCAUAUAAAUGAUGAACUACGUAUUUGGUUCUAA